CGGGUAUCAAAACUUUUAACCCGCGUUGUUGAUCGCGGAACCUAUUGCACAUAUAUAAUUAUCGAUCUAUGUACCAGCGCAUUGUCUCCCAUAGCAGUACCAUAUCACCAAUAAAUACGCUAACCCAACUUUCAUCUUGUUAUAGGUCAAACAGUAUAUACAGUUUCUUUUGUUUUGCAGUAAAGAUAAUUUUAUACCGAUUUUACAUAAACAAAGCCUCCCAAUUUUCCCGUGACAAUCAUACCGUUGGAAUUUAUGCGCCAAUUCCGUGUGCUCUUCCUAGGUAAGAAGCACAUCGCCAUAUGCAACUCAUACGUAUUCGACGCGAUGGCACAACCAUCACUGCCGAAUGUGAUACAGCACGUGCGGAAUGCCACACAUACGCCACCACAAUUGAGCCUCUCGCGCUGCGACAAGCAUGUCACCAGAGUCUUCGGUCCGGUCGAUAUCGACAAGUCUGCAGUAAGUACAGCGCUUAGGUUCCUACCUACUGUACCAACAACCACACAGACUAUAACGCCUCUCUUCACGAAGCGUACAGGUAACACUGGCAUCAACCCACCAAGUACCUCUACGGUAACCAACCCUGGAUAGACUUCUCCCGGAAUACCGGUAAGCUCGAAAACAACAACAGGCGAAUGCUCUGACAAAACCCAUCUUCAUUCCAUCGCCUAGCUCAUUCACCGCCAAGCUGACAGUACAUAGGACUCUGUAACCACUGCCAACUGGGUUUUCAGCGGCGCCGCUCUAUUAGGUCUAAAAUCAUACGCUAUCCCUAUCCCUCCUGCUCAUUAGUCCGCCAUUGACGUCAGUUUACUGCACACUGACAUACCUGUUUCCGCAUGCAUCUCCUGUGCCACAGACAAAAUGUACAAAAUGCACCUACCGAGUGCCCUCAUCGCCAAAGGUGACAAACGGCAUGUUGACCUUGCGGAGAAAAAUUGAACAAAACUACAGCGGCCAUACCUACACCAUCUGAUACAUCGAGCGACGCACGGUUCUCGGACACCAGGAACACCUUUGUCUUAAAAGCGACGCCCGCUUUACCUUGGCCGGUUUUACACAUUUAUCGAAACCAACGGCCGCUUCCUCUACGCACCACUAUUGCCGAUGCGGUGGCGAAUUCGUUGCCUCUAAGUUACAACUCUUAGAGAACUUCUACAAUGCCACUGCCGACUCAGCUAAGCAUGAUCGUAUUGAACGCACUCACCAGACGAGAAGGAAUAUAGCUCGCUGCAUGGGCUGAAGCUAAAUCUCACGCCUCUCCCAUCUGAAACAUAUCCCCCCCCCCCCGGGCUUGCAGCCCCGACAAAAUGAGCCCAUACGAGGCCUUCUUCGUUCGCCCGGUAACCGACUCCGCCCACGGUCUCCGAGUCUACGGGUGUAUGGCGCGUGUACCUACGAUUAUUGACGUACCCGCCUGGCUCCUCGGUUGUAACUUCGUUCAAGCAAAGCCCUUGAACACUCUGAUAUCCCCACGGCCCACCCAGUCAACACGCCACUGCCUACCUUUUUCCUCGAAGUCAACAUUAGUUUACCCUACGCUGCCCCUACCGCGAGCUAAUUUACACCCUGUCAUACCUCUCGAUCCUCACUCGUAUCGAUAUUAUAUUCACUGUCAAAAAUCUUUUACGCUUCCUGGCUAAUCCUAGUGAGACACUUUUGCUCGCCGCCUGCCAUGUUCUCCCUUGCCUCAAGACUGACCUCACUCUCGGUCUUACAUAAAGCAAAUCUGAUCAACAAACACUCGUUAAUGAUGCAAGCGCCGAUUCCAGUAUGGCAGUUGUCUCACAAUACGUGAUCUCUGUAUGCGGUACCCCUGGUAUUUGAAAGUGCAAACGAAAAGAGACUGCAAAAGCUAAAACCGUUGAACCCAUAUACUUCGCCGCCCCGAACUUGGCUUCACCCCCGAUUUCCCUAGCAGCCAUAACUGUGACAACCAAACUAGAGUUCACGUGAUCACAAACAAUGGCACACCCAAACAACUCAACAUGCCGACAUCCAUGUACAUCACAUUUGCGAUCUCCAGGAACAAGGCGAUGUUGUCACCAAAUAUGUCUACACCGCUGAUAGCAUCGCUGCCAAUCUCUCUAAGAAUCUACCUUGUUCAGUACACUUCCAAGAUACGUCCAAAACGUUGACAACCAUCUCCGACCUGAUCACGUUCUCCUAGUCGCAGCGGCUACCCAUUCAUCAGAUCCUCCGCAUACACGUCUCACGCAGUGCUGCAAUGUAUAUGCUAUCUCCAAUACACUUCCCAAACAAAACCUAUACUAUAGGACCAGGGUCUAUGUACAGAAACGGUACAUCAUGUAUAGUGACUUAUUACCAUUGUUAAAACAUAGCAAGUCAUGAACUAUACAUAUUAGUGGUAGGCUAACUUAUACAUCCAUCUGAAUGCUAUCUUAUAAGAUCAGGGGAUGUAUUGUCAUGUUAAAAUGUAUUUUAC